AUGCUGGCUUUCAUCGAGAGCUCCAUUAUUGUGUGCCAACCAGUUGGAGACAUUUCAAACAUCACCGCCGUCAUGACCAGCACCUUCCUGACGGGAUGCACUCUCAUCUCUGGCAGCUUUCAGUUCGUGUUUGAUUUGAUCCGGAGGCUCGUUGGCAUAAAAAGAAAACCUGCCAUUACUCUUGAAGACCCUAAUACGAAGUAUGCUUUGCGUCUUGUGGACAAAGUGAUUACCAGUCAUGAUACAAGAAGGUUGCGCUUUGCUUUAAAAUCACCUGAACAUGUUCUUGGACUUCCUAUCGGACAACACAUCUACCUGUCUGCCAAGAUUGAUGGCAACCUUGUGGUGAGGCCUUACACCCCUGUGUCUAGUGAUGAUGACAAAGGCUUUGUUGACCUGGUUGUGAAGAUAUACUACAAAAAUGUCCAUCCAAAGUUUCCCGAGGGUGGGAAGAUGUCUCAGUACUUGGAGAGCCUUCGUAUUGGUGACACAAUUGAUUUCAGAGGACCAAGUGGACUGCUGGUUUACAAAGGCAGAGGAUCAUUUGCAAUCAAGCCUGAUAAGAAAUCAGACCCUGUGAUUAAAACUGCAAAACAUGUUGGCAUGAUUGCUGGGGGAACAGGCAUUACACCUAUGCUCCAGAUAAUCCAAGCAAUCAUGAAUGAUCCAAAGGAUGAGACCGUGUGUUACUUACUUUUCGCAAACCAAACAGAAAAAGACAUUCUCCUGCGUACGGAGUUAGAAGAGGUCAUGGCCAGUCACCCAACACGUUUUAAGUUGUGGUACACCGUCGACAGAGCUCCAGAUGGUUGGGAGUACAGCCAAGGCUUCAUCAAUGAGGACAUGGUGAGGAACCACCUUCCUCCACCCACAGAUGACACACUCAUCCUCAUGUGCGGACCUCCUCCCAUGAUUCAGUUCGCCUGCAACCCCAGCCUGGACAAGGUGGGCCAGUCCAAUGACAGGCGCUUCACCUUCUAGAAGGAUGUCACCUGAAACCAAGCAGUUAAAAAGUCAAAAUUAUAGCCAUGCUACCACCUGCUCUUAUAUAUUCCACAUGCACAGUAACUGAAAAGGAUCUAUAAUAAUGCAAAAAAAAAAAAAAGCCUUUACCUUUCACUUUAUAUCAAAAUGUACCAGCUGUGUUCCUGAGAAACCUCUGCAUGCAAGAUGUACCUGCCAAUCAAGUCAUUUGUUUUUUUUGUGCUUUUUAAGGCAUCUUAAAUGCAAACAAAAAGUGUUGCUUUUAUUUCAGCAGAUGCUGGAUGAUAUUGGAUUGAAGUCAUUUAAUGUGUCAAGAUUUUUCACUUGCUUAAUUUAUGCAAUUUAUAAGCCUCAACGGAUAUUGGUGAUGGAUAAUUUACAAUUAUAGUGUCCGUGUUACACGUCAUUUUUACAUUAGCAGAAACAACAAGCUGUUCGUCAGAGUAAGUACAAGGUUCAUAUUGUGCAUUAGUUUUAUGCUAUAUAUAUAUAUAUAUAUAUAUGUAAUCCUUCUGUAACAUGGAUGCUGAAAUGGGACCUGGUGUUGUGUACACAGUUCAUUUGUCUAGGUCUGCAUUUUUUGAUUCUGGUCCAGCGCUGCAUAUUAGUUUGUCUCUCUCGCCUGAUUCAACUCUGUAUAAGCUGCAUGAACUCAACUGAGUGUCAGAUUAGAGAGGAAAACGAAAGUGCAGGACCAGGAUUAAGAAGAACCACUGUUUUAAGUAGUCAAGACAAAAAAAAAAUUUACCAACAAAUCAAGAGGUUAUCAAAAUUUUCAAUCUGUCCCUUAUUAAGUGUCUUUCUGUAAACCUUAUUAUGUUGCAUUGUUGAUUUGAUUCAGUUCUAAGUGCAUGAUUCCAUACAGUAAAUGUAUUUAAAGAGUAAAAACAAAUGAUUUAUGACCUGUUUGCAGCUCAUGUAACUUGUCUACAUGGCCAAAAAGCAUUUCUGCAAUAUUUUUGCAUUUACCAAUAAAGGUAUAUUCUUUA